AUGAAUUAUGCGCUGACGGACGGACGCGGCGGUGAUGUUGGCAUGAAAGACGUUUUGAAGGCUCGCGCACAAUGGCGACAGGCCACAGACACGCCGCAGACACGCCACAGACACGCCGCAGACACGCCGCAGACACGCCACAGACACGCCGCAGACACGCCACAGACACGCCACAGACACGCCGCAGACACGCCGCAGACACGCCACAGACACGGCGCAGACACGCCGCAGACACGCCGCAGACACGCCACAGACACGGCGCAGACACGCCACAGACAGGCCACAGACACGCCGCAGACACGCCACAGACACAGCGCAGACACGCCGCAGACACGCCGCAGACACGCCACAGACACGCCACAGACACGCCGCAGACACGCCACAGACACGCCACAGACACGCCACAGACACGCCGCAGACACGCCACAGACACGCCACAGCGAGGCCUUUCCGGGUCACAGCCUCAGCUCGGACCACAACAAAGAUUAG